AUGCUCGGGCCGAAAUGCAUCUGCCUCGUCGCGCUCACCAUCGUCACCAGCUCCAUGGUCAUUCUCACGCGGUAUUCGCGGUCGGUGAUUCGCGAUGAGAGCGACGAGAGGUAUUCCGCGGCGGUGGCCGUGUUCUUCACGGAAAUCCUCAAGUUUUUCGCCUUCUUCCUCGUCUUGUUCGUCUCCACGAGUGGGGAACUCCGCUACAUAUCGAUCGUGCAUGAAUUCUUCACGUGUGUCUCGUCGUUUAUUAUUGAUUUUCGGGCAGGACUGUCGUGGGUGGAGUCGGCAAAUAUCUUCAAGCGCGAGAUAUUGCAAGAGAGGGGCGAGACGGCGAAACUCGCCAUUCCCGGCGCUUGUUACACGCUGCAAAAUAAUCUGCUAUACGUGGCUUUGACGAAUCUCAACGCUGGAAUAUACUCCGUGACUGCAGAAUUGAAAAUACUGACGACCGCCGUGUUCUCAAUUCUGCUGCUGAAUCGGAGGCUGAAGUUCGCUCAUUGGAUCUGCUUGCUUGUUCUCACCGUCGGCGUCUCUCUCGUUCAGUACUCGAGUCACGAGGAGAACUGCCUGGAUCCGGCGGAUUGUUCUGCAAAAAAUGCUCAAAUGAACCAAAGUUUGGGGCUUGUUUCCGUGCUCGUGGCGUGCGUCAUGAGUGGAUUUGCUGGCACUUACUUCGAAAGAGCACUGAAGCAUGGAUCUAAUUCCCGAUUGAGCGUUCGCAGCAUGCAGUUGGGCCUGUGGUCGCUCCUGUUCGCCGCGUUCGGCGUGGGGGUCGAGAGCUGCCGCCGGAGUUCCUCGCUCCUCGCCGGGUUCGCGCCGCUCACCUGGGCCGUCGUCUUCAUUCAGGCGGUGAACGGCGUGACGGUGGCGGCGACGAUGAAGUACGCGGACAACAUCCUGAAAUGCUUCGCCACGGCCAUCUCCAUCAUUCUCUCCUCCUUCGUUUCCUUCUACGUUUUAGGGGAUCUCCAUCCUUCAUCCUUGUUCCUUCUCGGUUCCAUCCUCGUCAUCUCUUCCACCUUUUCCUAUGGAAACCUAAAAAAACCUGCAUCUUCUCGUUUUUCACCUGUCCUCAAGUUCUAG